AUGUUCGCCAAACCGCGAGUAAAAAAAAGCAUUCUCCCUCCUCUUAGCAAGAAGCGGAAGAAUACUUCCGAAGUGGGAGAGGUUACCUUUGACAAUGAUGCUCGUCAAGAAUACCUGACCGGCUUCCACAAGCGCAAGCAGCAGCGCAUAAAAAAUGCACAGGAAGCGGCAGCAAAGCGAGCUCGACAAGAGAAAUUGGACACGCGGAAGCAGGUGCGAGAUGAACGACGCCAGGAAAUGGAAGACCACGUCCGCCGCGUCAACGAUAUGUUGAAGGCCUCCAACGCUGCGACUGCUGAAGACGAAAGCCAUGCCGAGAACGAGCAAGGUGAAGAGUGGGAUGGGUUUCCCGACAAGCCUGAACUAGAUAUUGUCGACCACGAGGAGGAAUAUAUAGACGAAGACCGUUAUACAACCGUGACGGUAGAGACUGUAUCAGUAUCUCGUGACGGCCUGUCGAAACCUGAACUGCCCACAGAAGAGGACGAUAGCGAGGAAAAGGUCGAAGGGGAAGCUGAAGGGCAAGACGAUAAGGAAGACAAGAAGCAGAACCAAAGGACGCCCAGAUCCAAGAAGAAGCAAUUUCGAUACGAAUCAAAGUCAGAAAGAGAUUGGGAGAACCGGAAACAAAGAGCUAGAAACAAAUCCAAACGAAGGGUAUAA